AUGACUUCAACGGAACCUCAUCCCGCUAUCGGAGCGCUCGAUCAGCUCCAACCUAGCAAAUCACACGCCUUCGACCCUUCUGCCGAUAUCCCCUCACUCAAUGGGAAAGUUAUUCUGAUCACGGGUGCGAACAGCGGCAUCGGAAAACAGACUGCCAUCGAAUUGGCUAAGCACAAUCCCGCGCAGAUCUGGAUCGCCGCUCGAAAUGAACAGUCAGGCCUCGAAGCUGUGCAAGACGUCAAGAAAACGGGGUCCAGCGUUGACGUGAGAUUUGUGUCCCUGGAAUUGACGUCCUUUGAGUCGAUCAAGGCGGCGGCCAAGAUUGUACUUGCAGAAGCAGCUCAGCUGGAUCUUCUGAUCUUGAACGCGGGAAUCAUGGGAGGACCUCCAGGCGUUACGGUGGAGGGAUACGAGCUAGCAUUCGGCACCAACCACGUCGGUCACGCAUUGCUAUUUGACAUGCUGGUUCCACUCCUCACCAAGUCCGCUGAGACGUCCGCGACCAAGCCUCGAGUAGUUUCCGUCAGCUCGCGUGGCCAUGCCUUCGAAGUCCCACCGGGAGGCAUCGCAUUCUCAACCCUGAAAUCAACCCAGUCGGAUCUCUCAGGGGUGACGCGUUACACGCAGUCGAAGCUCGCCAAUGUGGUGUACGCACGAGAGAUUGCACGGCAUCACCCCUCGAUCAUCUCUGUGGCUAUCCAUCCAGAGGACGUAGCUACGCAGUUGUUCGACAAGGGUGUGCAGGGCGGUGGACCAGAGAUUGAGUACCUCGCGCGAGAAGUGGCGCCGAGAGUGGGCGUAAGCUUGGAGGAAGGCGUCAAGAAUGGGCUUUGGGCCAUGACUUCUGACGAUGUGCAGAGCGGCAGGUACUACGAACCUGUUGGCGUACUGGGCAAGGGCAGCGCUUUGUCUAGGGAUAGGAAGCUUGGAGAGAAGCUGUGGAAAUGGACGCAGGAAGAGCUUGAGAAUCAGACCGUUUGA